GAGGAGGGAGGGGAGGGAGGGGUGUGUGUGUGUACGCUAACUGUAACCCGCUAAUAAAAACCCUGCAACUAGACAGAAAGGAGCAGUCGCUAAAAAUGGGAGUUAAAAUCUACUACACCACCGUCACCGCUUCAAGAACGGUGAAAUCGGAGCAGGCGGAAGUGAUGCGCAUCUUAGAGGGUAAGCACAUCCAGUUCGAGCUGAUCGACAUCUCUGUUGGCGGAGAAGUGCGAGACGAGAUGAGGACCUUGUCGGGUAACCCCACUGCUGCCCCGCCGCAGAUCUUCAACGAUGACCAGUACUGUGGGGACUAUCGAAUGUUUUGUGAGGCAGUAGAGGCGAACACUGUGGAGAAGUUUCUCAAGAUCGCAUGAGGAUCCUUCCUGGUAGCAUCCAAUGCCUUUUCCUGUGCUUUCGCUGGAGCGCGAAUCCUAAAAUGGAAAAUCCCGCCUCCCGUCCCAGUGACAAUGUCUACCGUUGUUUUUGUAUCUACGCCAUUUUAAUUUGCCAAGCACUUCUUCCUGUCUGCCAUGCAGUGAUCUCAAAGCACAGAGAACUCCACUGGAUUUACGCUGAUUAUAAUCUACUUAAUGCGAUUGAUCUGCACCCAAAAAAAAUCUCCUGUGGACCAAAAAUAUCUGUCUGUCACCUUUAGUCUUACUUCAUAUCUGUUGGCUUUUACUGUUGCUCGACAAACCACAUCGACGUGAUUGGUGGUCAGCAUGCUGAGUGUAAUCGUGUGUCAUUACGUUAAAGCUGUGGCAGUUUCAUGUGGACCAGAUGACCUUCAAUAAUAAAUGAUCUGUUUUAUGGCUCUAUGGCAAGAUAACCAUGUUAUCAUGCUUCAUCGAAUGAAAUCAUUCCUUUGUAUUCAGUUGUGCCAAUAAACAUCCCUGAAAAUGCA